GUAAAGAGGGGGGGGGGCAGAGCGCACACUCGAUUUGAUCGAUAAAGUGCGAACGUCCUCGUUCUCAUGCUCGUCCGCACUUGGGAGCACCUGAACCCCGCUUGCGCGAGCGUUCGCUGCUCGUUUUCAAUAGUGUCCUCCUGUACCCUCCUCCUCACCCCCAACCUCCAUCAUCCAUGCGUCCAGCACUCCCACUCCCACCUCCGCCGUUCUAUUCCCAGCACCACCAUCACCAUCGCUACCACCAUCAUUAUUAUUAUCAUCACCACCACCACUACGCUCCUCUCGCCGAAAUGAAGUCGGCGGAGUGCCCGUGAUCUCGCGUCUCGCGUGUAUCGAGCAACCGCGUCGAGUGGAGGAGGCGAGCGCGACGCACGGCGCACCACGGCCAUGCGUUUACUGCAGAUGCGCAUCGUGGCGUUUCUGGCGGUGAUGCUCUCCCUGCCCGCCCAAGUGCCGUCGCUAUCCCUGGCCGAGCUGGAGGACCGGCUGCUCAAGAGGAUGCUGAAGGACUACCAGAAGUGGGUGCGCCCUGUGGACAAGCUCAGCGACACGGUGGAGGUCAAGUUUGGCCUCGGCAUUGCCCAGCUGGUGGAUGUGGAUGAAAAAAAUCAGCUCAUGACCACAAACGUCUGGCUGAAGCAGGAGUGGGUGGAUAUUAAUCUCAGAUGGAAUCCUGACGACUACGGUGGGAUUAACUCAAUCCGUGUUCCCGCGAGCUCGAUAUGGCUUCCCGACAUAGUGCUCUACGACAACGCCGACGGCCGCUUCGAAGGCUCCAUCGUCACCAAGGCGGUGGUGAAACACGACGGCCGGAUCAAGUGGACGCCGCCGGCCAUCUACAAGAGCUCGUGCACCAUCGACGUCACAUUCUUCCCCUUCGACCAGCAGAACUGCUCCAUGAAGUUCGGCUCGUGGACGUACGACGGCACCCUCGUCGACCUCAUCAUGGUCAACAGCGACGUGGACCGCGGCGAGUACUUCGACAACGGCGAGUGGGAGUUCCUGAACGCCACGGGCAACAAGGGCGUGCGCCUCGACGGCCACCGCUUCUACCCGUACAUCACGUACUCGUUCGUCAUCCGCCGCCUGCCCCUCUUCUACACGCUCUUCCUCAUCGUGCCGUGCCUGGGCCUCUCCUUCCUCACGGUCUUCGUCUUCUACCUGCCCUCCGACGAAGGCGAGAAGAUCUCGCUGUGCACCUCCGUGCUCGUGUCCCUCACCGUCUUCCUGCUGGUCAUCGAGGAAAUCAUCCCGUCCUCGUCCAAGGUGAUUCCGCUCAUCGGCGAGUACCUGCUCUUCAUCAUGAUCUUCGUCACGCUCUCCAUCAUCAUCACGGUGUUCGUCAUCAACGUGCACCAUCGCUCGUCGUCCACCCACCACCCGAUGGCACCCUGGGUGCGCCAGCUCUUCCUUCACAAGCUGCCCAAGAUCCUGUGCAUGCGGAGUCACGUCGACCGCUACACGGCGCCGGACGAGGCGGACCGCGACCAUCCGGGCCGCGCGGGCUGCGCCUGCCACGGCGGGGAGUCGCCGCCCAGCGCCUCCGAGCGCCUCAUCCUCACGGCCAUCGACUCGGUGCGCUACAUCACGCGGCACAUCAAGAAGGAGAACGAAGUCCGAGAGGUGGUUGAAGACUGGAAGUUCGUGGCUCAAGUCGUGGACAGAAUAUUACUGUGGACCUUCUUGUCGGUCUCGGUCUUCGGAUCCAUACUCAUUUUCCUUCCGACAAUCUACGCCUGGCGCAGCUUUGACUUCUAAGCGUCAACUUCACCGAAAUCCCCUGCGCCUAAAUAAUAAUAAUAAUUAUAUUUGCAACCGUAAGAAGACACGUUUUUUUGUCUUGCCUUAACUGGAUGGAGAUUUUGUCCGAUUCACCUGUUAGUUCGUAACGCGCAAGCACACACACACACAAACACACGUGACACGUUUGGCUGAUCCUUUUAUAUUGUCUCAUCCACCGUUAGCCUAAUGCUACUUUAUCCAGCAGCUCUUGUUCGUACUGUUGGAGAGUACGGGAACAAAAAACGCAACUGUGGUUACCUGCGCUAAAGAAGUUAACGUUACGUAGAGAAAACUAGAAAACUAUUUAAUGCAUGCUUUUCAGCAUGAACGUUUCAUGAAUUACCGUAAAAGCACAACUCCUAACGGCGCAGCUUUGUAUAUAUAUAAAAAAAAACGUUUGCCAUAAUAAGACUUUGCCAAUACGGCAAAAACAGACGCACGGUUCGCGGCAGGAGGCAGCCUGUAAUUGUUCUUAUCAGCCGUUAUCCCUGUGUGUCUCUUCCCGGGCUGGUCGUGGUCACCUCUCACCCACCAAAGUAACCUGCAACACUUAUACACCCUUCUCCCUGUGUGACCCCCACACGCCACUGUGACCCCACGUGACACCAUGGUCUGCGAUGGGCAUUUUCACUCUGCCACAACGGAUCGCUGUCGCUGUUCCCAGAAUGACUUGUACAAUAUCUCACACGUCGGAUUCAUCGGAGUGUCUAAACGCUUUUCAAAAGACACGCACACAACAACGGGACAACGAGAUUGGAGCAUCCAGGUGAAGGGAGGCAUGCUGGUUUAUUUAUUUAAUGAAAU